AUGUCCCUCUACUUUGAUGCGGUCGCUAUCCUGACCGCGCCCUCUUCGGGCGGCUCAUUCAAGUCGAGAAUCUACAGCGCUCGCAAUCUGCGUGCAACCCCGGCGCAGAUCUAUGCGUUGACCACCGAGGCUGCGAAAUGGGACAGCGUUCUGGCAGAGGUUAUAGACAAAGCAGGCAUCCUUGCCCUUGAGCGGAAGCUCUCUCCUCUUCUUGCUCUUCUCCUCGUCCAUGAUCACCUGCUCUCGAAAAAGGGCAUUGCUGCCCCCGCGGCUCACCCGAUCCGCCAGGCUGUUGAGCGUCACAAGGUUCGACUCAGGGCUGAGUUUACGAAGGCUCGUGUUCGUCGUGGAUGCGCUUCGGUUGAGCAAUUGAAGGCUGCGGUUAUCCGUGAGAAACGGGAAGCCGAUGGCACCAGCCAUUUUGUUUACCCGCGCUGGGUGCGUAUCAACAACAUCCGGACUACCUUGGACGAGCAGCUUAGCACUACAUUCAAAUCUUAUCGGCGGGUAGACAGCCUGGCAGCAUUGGCUCCGGAAGACGAGCUGGAAAGCCGCAAGCCGGAGCCUCGGUUGUAUAUCGAUCCUAAUAUCCCGGAUUUGGUGGCUGUUCCCUUCGGCGCGGAUUUCACUGCCUCUUCCGCCUACAAAAACGGAGAGAUCAUCCUGCAAGACAAAGCGUCGUGUUUCCCAGCAUACCUUUUGUUGGGUGACCGUGGGCCGAAAGACCCAUGGCAGGGCGAUUUGGUUGACGGCUGUGCUGCACCAGGCAAUAAGACUACCCACAUGGCUUCAUUGCUAGCGAAACAAAAGAACAAGAAGAAGGAUAAACAAAGGAUCUUUUCUAUGGACGCAUCGGCUAUGCGUUCCAAAACCCUGCAAAAAAUGGUGGGUCUGGCCGGGGCUGACUCGAUGGUCACGGUGCUACCAGGUCAGGAUUUCUUGGCUCUCGACCCGGAAGAUCCUCAAUUCGAGAAGGUAACCGGAUUACUGCUUGAUCCCAGUUGCUCUGGUAGCGGUAUUAUCGGCCGUGACGAUGUUCCUCAACUCACGUUGCCUGCUGCUCCGGUAUCCAAGGCCCCCAAGUCGCAGGGCAAGAAGCGUAAGCGCCAGGCAGACGACCACGAGGAAGCAGAUGGCGAGCAGUCAAAAGCUACCCCCGGAGCCCCGCAGGCCUCACCUACGGACGAAAACGAUAUCCCUGACGGAACAAUCGAUCCAGAGCGGCUCACUAAGCUAUCAAGCAUUCAAGCACGAAUUGUUGAACACGCUUUGAGCUUCCCGAAUGCAACACAUGUUACAUACAGCACUUGUUCCAUCCAUUUGAUCGAGAACGAAGGUGUUGUGGCUCGUAUCCUGGCGUCGGAGGUUGCUCAAGAGCGUGGCUGGCGCCUUUUGCGGCGGGAGGAGCAGCCGGAGGGUAUGCGUCGGUGGAGCAAGCGAGGUGUUCGAGAGGAGAAGCCCAAGGAGGGAGAAACCGGACCAUCAGGUACGGUGGAUCUCUCUGAUGAGGCACUCGAAGCUUGUAUCCGCUCAUGGCAAGGUGAUGCCGAGGGUCUAGGAGGAUUCUUCGUUGCUGGGUUCAUACGCGAUCCCGAUCAUGCCGUGCAAGCUGCUUCAGCUGUUCCAAAGAAAAAGCCACAGGAGCAGGAGCAGGAACAAGACCAGGGAGACGACGACAAUGAGGAUGACGACGAAGACGACGAAUGGGGUGGAUUCUCAGAUUAA